UUUCUAACUUUAAUUAUUUUUCACUUUCCCUUAUUCCUAACAACAAUCCAUAUUUUUUAGGAUCCGCAAUCACACACACACACACAAAUUGUUUUAGUACCGACAAUUUAUUUUUUCCAAAAGCAGCUCUUCCCCUUUUUUACCUACCAGCUUUUUCCUUCCCCCAACACCACAACUAUCAUUCUUUUUUAUCCAUCCACAACCCAAACGAUCGCUAACAACAUUUUCCUCUUCCGCUCAGCUUUUCUAUCCAAUAAAAAGAAUUUUUUAAUUAAAUAAAUUUAUUAAUUAAUUGAGAGAUAUAAAUGAAUAAUUUAAUAAAUAUUUUAUCCGUUUCCUUUACUCUUUUUGUUAUUUAUCAGGCUUUGAAUGCUCAAAGACAGGAUCAAAUAAUUGCUGAUCUUGGAAGGCUAAUUGUUGAGAAUUGCCCACCCAUGCUUUGUACUGGAUUGGAUUGCGCUGUCGUCACUGAACGAAACGGAUGUCAACUCUGUGCUUGCCCUAUUGGAUCUCCAGCCCGAGGUUGUGACCCAAUGCCUUUUGUCCUUUGGCACGAUCUGAUUGUUAAUGGUUGCCCUAAUGUAACGGUGAAUACACGUGAUCCAGCGCAAAAAGUUCAUCGCUGGUUUAGAAGGGUAAACCGAUUCACAAAUACCGAUCAGUGUGAGCCUUAUAUUUUCCCUUAUUGUUCUGAACUUGAUUUUAAUUUGUGGCGUUCACCUCGCACCAAACAAGAGUGUGAACUGUAUUGUUAUUCUUCCGAGGAACAACGAAAAAGAGGAGGAUCGAAUGUUGUUUAAAUUUUGAAUUUAAUUUUUUAUUUAAAAAUAUAUUAUGUCCCUUUUGUUAUAAAAAAUAGAAUGAUUAUUUUGUAAUCUAAUGUGUUCUUUUCGGUUAUAAGGUACCGAUGGUAGUAUGGUACAGUCCGGACACUAGGUAUUUACAAAAAGCUCUUGAAAUUAAUUUGUUUAAACGAACGCACCCGCACCCCUACGAAUAUUGAGAAAUUUGUGCAUGAUCUUUAGGGAUCAAAAGGGUUUGAGGAGGUAUCGGUGAAUUUAAAGAGAUAGAAAAAUAUGGGGGGAUAUGGACGAAUAGAAGGAUAUCGGGGAUUUUUGAUUCAACUUUUCUAG